CGGGGGGCAUUACAUGACGUCGACAGAGAAGUCUAACCGUCGCUGGAAGAACUUCGACAAGAAACCGGAAGAGGUGCCUCAACCGGCUACAGCGAAGAGCGAUGGUGGACUCACCGAGGACUUUCACAGUCUUUGUAACGGCAGUACAAAUGCGGGAGCACAGCGGGCCACGGAGUGCAAUUAUAAUUACGGCUACUUUUUCAUUAGACGACUCAAAAAGUUGAUGAUGUGUUCUGCAGAGUGUCUUCUCCAUUCAGAAGAUUUUUAAUGAACGAGCCAACGGAUAAAAGGCAGAGCAUUCACACAGGCUGCUAGGAUGACGAAAAGUGACCAUGUUUUUUCAGAAGGGCAUCUUUAGGCAGUUUGUGAUCACCUUCAUGCGCUAAAUAUCCGGGUAGGCCUAACGAUACUAUGAUAACUUUUACUUCUAAGGAGGUGAUGGAGAAUUCAAUGUUCUUGCAAAACGCGAAACUCGCCACCCGUGUGAGCAUACGGCCGCCAAGGCCCGUGCGGGUGAAGGAGGGCAGUGCUUGGAAACAGUCGAUGCCUCGUCAACCGAGAGUGGCAAAAAUGACGUUGCUGAGGAUGAAGUGGCAGAGGAUGAAGUGGCUAAAACUACUCCUAGCGAGGGAAGCUCGGGCCAGAAGACUGUGUUGUCCCUGAAGGAUUUGGCAGGCCAGAAUGCUGGCGCGCGCCUCCAAGCACUAGACGGAGAAGGGGACAAUGGUCGGGGUCUUCUAGAUCGCGCUGUCGCGGAUCAGCGCAAAAAAAAUGUUGCGGAUCACGAAAAAUAUUCCCAUUAC